CUACAGGAGAGGAUCUCACACACACACACACACUCUCUCUCUCACACACACAGGCUUGAGUGCUAUCCCUGUUUAAGUGAUCUAUAUCCCAGGUCAGAGGGAGGUGGAGCAGUGUGACCCUACAGGAGUUGUGCACAGGACAGCCGUGUGAGUGUGAGUGUGUAUGUGUGUGUGAGUGUGUAUGUGUGUGUGAGUGUGUAUGUGUGUGUGUGUGUGCAGCGUUCUGGAGAAGUUAAUCCGGGAUCCUCGCCUUUCUUCUGCGCGUGACGGAUCUGUUCCGAGACUGCUGUGACAUCAUCGGCUUAUUGAAACAAACCAGUGAAUAAUAAAUCGCGCGCGCGUGUGUGUGUGCGUGUGUGCGUGUGUUCAGUAUGGGGCAUCCUCCGCUCGAGUUUAGUGACUGCUACACAGACAGCCCUGAUUUCAGAGAGAGACUCAAGAGUUACGAGCUCGAGCUCGAGAAAACCAGCAAGUUCCUCAAAGACGUCAUCAAAGACGGAAAUAACGUCAUCACCGCCAUCAAAGGCUACUCUCUGGCCGUGCAGAAGUUCUCUCACACCCUGCAGACGUUCCAAUUCGACUUCAUCGGCGACACACUAACUGAUGACGAGAUAAACAUCGCCGAGUCGUUCCGUGAGUUUGCCGGUUUGCUGCAGGAAGUGGAGGAGGACAGAAUGAUGCUGGUGCAGAAUGCUUGUGAUCUGCUUAUUAAGCCUUUGGAGAAGUUUAGGAAAGAUCAAAUUGGUGUUACCAAAGAGCGACGUAAGAAGUUUGAGAAGGAGAGUGAGAAAUAUUACUCUCAACUGGACAAACACCUGAACCUGUCAUCCAAAAAGAAAGAAACCCAACUACAGGAGGCGGAUGAGCAGCUGGAGAAGGAGAGACAGAUGUUCUACGAGUCAUCAGUGGAAUAUGUUUAUCAAAUCCAACAGGUUGAGGACAGGAAGAAGUUCGACAUCGUGGAGCCUGUGUUGGCAUUCCUCCAGAGUAUUUUGACUCUGAAUAAUCUGACAGUGGAGAUGACUCAGGACUUCAUGCCUUACAAGCAGGAACUACAGCUCAGCCUGCAGAACACACGUAAUCACUUUGAGAGUACGCGUGAGGAGAUGGAGGAGCUGAUGAAAAGGAUGAAGCAGCCUAAAUCUAUGUUCAUCAGACUGCAGCAGCCGACCAUCGAGGGCUACCUGUACAUCCAUGAGAAAUGGGCGUUGGGGAUGACCUGGGUGAGGUAUUACUGCAGAUAUAUGAAGAACAAUAAACUGUUAGUGAUGCUGCCGACUGAACAGAAACCUGCAACCAAGCUGGUUCCUGUCGAGCUCACCCUAAAGUCAUGUAUUCGGCGUAAAAGUGACACCAUCGAUAAACGCUUCUGCUUCGACAUCGAGACUCAGGAGAGGCCAUUGGUGACUCUGCAGGCAAUGUCUGAGUGCAACAGGAAGCAGUGGAUGGAGGCGAUGGAUGGAAAAGAACCCAUUUAUUAUUCCCCGAUUCAGAAACAAACUGAAAUGGAACUGAACGCGGUCGGAUUCAAGUUUGUGAGGAAAUGCAUCAACGUUGUGGAGGCGAAAGGUCUGACUCAGGAGGGGGUUUACAGGACAGUCGGCAGCAACAUCCAAGUGCAGAAACUGUUGAAUGCCUUCUUUGACUCUAAAUGUCCAGGUGACAUGGAUUUGAACAGCAGUGAAUGGGACAUCAAAACCAUCACCAGUGCCAUGAAGUUCUAUUUGCGGAGCCUGAGUGAACCACUCAUGACCUACAGCCUGCACAGAGAGCUUAUCAGUGCAGCAAAAUCAGAGAAUCUAGAUUAUCGUUUGGGGGCGGUGCAUUCUCUGGUGUACAAACUGCCAGAGCAGAACCGUGAGAUGCUACAGCUGCUCAUCAAACACCUGGUCAGUGUGUGUGGCCAGAGCAGCGAGAACCGGAUGACGGCGUCCAACAUGGGCGUGAUAUUCGGCCCGACGCUGCUGAGAGCUGAAGAGGAAACGGUGGCGGCCAUGUUGGACAUCAAAUUCCAGAACAUCGUCAUUGAGAUCCUGAUCGAGGACUACAAGAAGAUCUUUAGUGGCCCUCCUGAGGAAAGCUCCGCCCCUCCAGUCCCGCCCCCGAGGGUGACGCCGAGAAGACGACAGCCAAUCACCAUCUCCAAAAGGCCUCCGAGGCUUUACCCCGCCCUUCAGCCUCCAAUCUUUGAGAGUCAAGAGCAUAACGGUGCCACCCACGACGGUUCCGAUUCUGGAGGAGACGUCACCAACGCCAGCCCGGCUCCACCUCAGAGGAUGAAAUUAGCCCCUCCCGCUAUGGCGCCACCCUCCAUCCCUACUUCUAUCCCUCCAUCUCGCGUUCCUCCUCAGCGCCAAGCCGUCCUGCCCAAACCCACCGUCCAACAGGACCGCUUCUCUGACUCCGACGUCUCCAAACUGGCUUCGAGGAUACCGGACGGUGGUCAGCGGUUGGACAACGGCGAGACCAGAGCGACAGUGAGCCGGACUCAGUCAUUCCAGAUCAGAAAACCUCCGCAGCGGGUCGUCACAGCAACCAGAGACGCCGAGAGCGACGGGAUCGUGAAGAGUCGCCCUGCCUUAGAGAAAAGUCCCAUCUGUCGGCCCCCGACACGACCUCCAGACCCGCCUUCACGAUGUCCGACCAAUCAGAAAACGCCAAACGAUGACACGCCAGCAUCAUAUGUUGCUUCCAAAACCAAGUUUUUUGAAAACGCUUCCAGACAGACUGGAAGCUCUUCAUCCACUUCAUCAGCGAGCAGCGAUCUGCCGAGAUGAGACAUGACGAUUCACUUUUUAAAGCUGUCGCCAUGCGUUACCGCUGAACACCCGAGGAGAGAGAGAGAGAAAGAGAGAGAGAGAGUUAGAGAAAGAAAAUGCUGUCUGAUACGACAGCGUAAUAGACCAUUCACUUGAGGGGGGUGAUGUAAAGUCCACUAACAUCACUACAACUGCAGAACAGAUCCAAGUACUUAGCAGUUUCCCCAAAACCCACUGUGUGUGUGUGUGUGUGUGUGUGUGUGUGUGUGUGUGUGAGAUCUUUAACAUCAUUUAAUAUUCUUUCUUUUUUCCCCCUUAGAGCUCUUAACGGGAAUUUCAGAAGCUACGUCUUUAUCAUCAUCACUUAUUAUUAUUAUUAUUAUUAUUAUUAUUAUUACUAAUGUUACUAAUGCACAGAGUCAGCAUGCUGCAUGGCUGCUUCUACAUUGUCAUGUCCCCUUGUACCCUAUUCCCUAUCCCCUGUUCCCUAUUUUAUUUAUUUUUUUCUUUAUGACUAACCUGUUGAAGUUAGUUUCCUGGAUGUUCUACACCAUGCCUUUCUAUUCUGACUACAUUCCCUACAAAACAUUUUUUCCCAUAAUAGUGCACUACGUAUGUUCAGUAUGCUAACGUUCCUGAGCUAGGAAGUGAGCGCCAGGAUUUGAAACACUGCCUCUCCACUACAAACUUUAUGGACUUUUAAUGUAUUUACGAAAAUUUUUUAAUUAUUAAAGCAAAAUGCAUUUUUGCAGCUUAACAGCUCGUCUUUUAAACCUUUUUUCUUAAGUUAAGGCACCGUAAUGGCCUGAAAAAGACAUCUAAUACAUUUUUCCGAGGUGAGUUAGUCAUCAAGAGUACUUUUAAAAGAAAAGUUGAACAAUAGAGUAGGGUUUAAAGCACUGACACGUCACUGCAAAAACGUUGACGUAAGAAUGAUAAAUAUGUAUUUCUUAUCACGUUACAUUAAAUGAGUUCUAGUCAGUUACCAUGUUUUGAAUUAACAGUGUUUAAAAUAUACAAGCCUGUCCGAACCUUUUAUAUUCAACACAAAUAUUAAAACUACAGGAUGACACGAAUUUCAGUUCGUGUUGAAUAAUAAUUGUGUUCUUAAAUAAGUAGAUGGUUUGGAACACAACCACUACGAAUACCUACAACUUGAAGUGAAGUUUGAAGCCAUUAAAACGCUUUUGGAAACCGAAGUUCUCUCCGAAUUUGGUCAUGUUGGUCGUUAUGCUAAUCGUUACAGUUUCAGCACUAAAAACUCCCACUAAUAACACAAGAACACAUAAUUCCUCUUAUUCUCGCCACAAAACCGCGGCUGUAAAUUACCCCGGGCGUUCUGUCCGUUAGAGGAGCCGUGCGACUGCCAGCAGCCAGGAACCGGAGAAAAGAUGUCAUGGGAAAUUCUCAUAUUUUUACUGAACGUGUUGAAAAAAACAAUCACUUACCAGUCCGGAAUAAAUUCCUAACAACAAACAUAAGAGGACUAGACUUAAACUGUUUACAAAAUAAAUUCCCGAACUUUCCCUGUUUUUGUCUUUAUACUAUUUGUACUUUUUCAUAAAUGCUCUUCCUAGGCUUAUAAACACUAAUUUAGGACUGAUUGUAAGAUUACAGUGCCAGAAACUCAUCCUGGAAAACCUGGGAAUUUCUAGCCUGGAUUCCUGGUCAUGGAAAACACCUGGGGAAAUUAGCAAUAUGAAUUAAAUCCAAGCGAGAUUUCCAAAUAAGUAGUAAAGUCUGUUCACUUGAAAAGGUGUCAUAUUUUAGUAUUUAGCUAAUAACUGGAAAUUUAAAAGCUCAAAUAAAUGAAACUGUAAAAUAAGAUGUUAGAAAUCUACAAAAAAUGAUGAAAUAAAUGAAGAAUGAAAUGUUUGUGUUCUUCAACUUGUUGAGGAUGUGUUCAUCUUUAGUUAAAAAAAAAACCCUUUUGUUUUUUACUUCUUUGCUUCGGUUACAAUGUUUACAGCUAAAAAUAACUUAUUUAGGUGUGUAACGAUAUAAAUUUCUGGUAUGAUAAUCACCAAACCUCAAUAAAAAAAUUUGUAGCUAGACAAACACCUAAGUAAAGAAAAAAUCGGACGUUAACAGGUGCUAAAAGGUUUCCACCUCGACGUUUAUUGUUCUCCUAAAACAGCGAGUGUCACCGUGAUUUCUCUUAAACCACAGCACCUUACCAACAAUUACAAUUUUUACGUAUUAAAGGUUGACACGGCUUAAUUUUUUAUCCAUUUAUCGUUACGUUUAACAAGUUCUCAUUUACGUUAGAGCAGAGAAACCGCGAAAAAUAGCGUCGACUCCUCUGUGCUGAAGAUGUCGGAAAGACCUCAAGUUACAGCUUUUCCUCUGACGCUGGAGACUCCUUCCAUAUGUUACAUAAACCCGAGUCUCUGUGAAUGAGCCGUUACUAUAGAAACGAUAACCUAUCAGAAGGAGCGUAUUAACAUAAAACUGACGGAAAUGAAGUCAUCAGAAUCAGGAAUUCUGCUGUAGUAGCAUUCAUACGCAAAAUAACUCGUACGCAGAAUACUCGUGGUGUUCUGUCCACCAGGUUUUGUCAUCUGGUAAUGACUGUUAUGGGAUGUCCUUCUCAGUGAAGGGCAUGCUGGGACAAAAACUCUUCUCUGCUGCUUUUCCUGACACAGAAAGCGUUCGACAGCUCGGCUCGAAUAUCACGAGAGCUCUGGCGUACGCGGUUGUGAUGUGAAGUCGUUAUCUGCGCCACUGUAGUGUAACACCAUCCCUGACGCGCUUUCAGUUUACUGCGAUAUCAGUACUUCAGUAUAUCAGUAUAUCAUCACAGUCCUGCUGUACGUUCGUGUUCGCUCGCUCGCAGUUUCCCCCGUAACGCUCGCCCCCCCCCCCACACCCCCCCCCCCGCUGCAGCGAUGUAACGAUGCUUUUGCGAAUGUUUUUUCAUGUUGUCCUUUUGUCAAUGUGAAGCCUAAAUGUGAAGAACAACCUGAGUGGACAUUUUAUUUCUUAAACAAACAAAAACAUUUUUUUUUUCCAGGAAAUGGAUCAUCUGUAAGAAUUUAGUUGAGUUUCUUUGUGAUUUGUUCCAUGUUUUGUUUCGACACUCAGUUUACUGCUUUUUUCUUGUUGUUUUUUUUGCUCCUGAAAGCUUAUUUUUCUAAUAUCAUUUUCGAUCUCUCUCACUAAACCCUGUAUGUGUCCUCUCGAUGUACUGAAGGAUGUUUAUAAAAGCAACGUGUUGAACCA